UCAUGCAUUUAUAGAUUUUGACUGAAUCCCGCUGGAAAGGCAACUAGUUAGUGGUGCUCAGUAGCCAUCGGAUUAAAGAAAAGUUACUUAUUUAAUCUAAUUAAUGUUAAUAUUGAACGCACUGUGCUAGCGCCUAGACAUUCAAAGCAUUGUAGGCAACCUCUUGCCUCCAAUAGCCAGUCCUCUCCCAGGCAUUCGCAGCCAGGUGUGUCGACUCACUCGCCUUCAGCUAUAUGUUCUUAAAGGUAGAGGUACCAGCUUUUCAUCCGCUGAAGAGGAAGUGGAUCAGAACUCUGCUCCUGCCUUGGUAUAUUUAAGCCUUCUCAAAUACUUUUGUCCUAGGAGCUCAUCAGAAUACAGUACGUACCAAUUUUCAUGAUGAGCACCAGGUAUUGGUGCCUAGGCGCUUGGGUCUCUCGUCCCCAUCUAGGCCCUCUGCACCAUCUGAGGCAUCACACUCCAUUGCUUCAGCUUACUCGGUCCUUUCCAUGCCUCACCCGGGACCAGCUGUUGGUAGUCUGGCACUACCUGUUGUACGUAUGAUGACACAGUCUCCUCAUUCAUCUUCGUUGACACUGGGGAUCUUUCACUAACCACCACUUGAACAUGAAUGGACAGGUACAUCCUUAUCAGGAUUCUUGAAGAUGUAUGUAAUGAUAGUGGCAUUUUGAGCUUCAUAUUAGAAACACGUCUUCUCGGUUAUUAAGAAUAUAGAUACAUUUUUAAUUGCUUAGUUUCUGAAGUUGUGUUACAAAUGUUUUAAUAACCUUAGGAGAUAUGGUGUUUUUAACAAGGUAUAAUGACAUUAGUAAGUUUUUUGCAAAAUUUUUGGAAAAUUAUAUUUAUAGCACUCUAGAAUCCUAAUGAUUUUAUAAAUUCUGUAAUUAAUUAUAUUUUUUAGGACAAAGGAUAACAAAAAUUGCUGAGGAUUCUGCUGGGGUAUCCAACAAUAAAGAUUGUGUGGAUGCAUCCAGCUCCCAAGGUCACUCUUCAAAAGUUGUCAGUGCGUCUGAACAGCCAUCAUAUGCUUCUGUAUCAAAGGUAGGCAGUGACUCGGAAACAGAUUGUAAUCCUGCCUUUAUGGAACCUGAAACAUUGCUUUAUUGUCUAGAAGAAACUGAAAAUAGUGUUAGCAAAAAUAUGGACGGUCAGAAAGAUUCAAAGUUACUCCAAUUAAAGAAAAAGGUGCCAAAGGUACGCCCCAAAAGAGCCAGGAAAGCCCGUUAUGAUGCUGAUUAUGUGGAGAUUGAUGAAUUAUUUUGUAGUGAAGAGGAAGACAUUGACUCUGCUCCAGAAGUCCAAGGUUUCUGUAUGAGACCCGAGGCUGUAAGUGAUCAAAGUACUCAGACCAUCUUGCAGCACACCUACAUUAGGAAUCUGGAAGAUGAAUGCUAUAAUUUAAGAUGCGAGUUGUCACGAAUUAAAGGAAAAUAUAUGUUCAAAGAUAUGGAGCUUGAGAUGUUUAAGGACAAUGAUGAAAAAGUUAAAUACUUAACAGGCUUAGAAAACUAUGACAUGUUGAAGGCUCUUAGUGAAAUUAUCAGUGACUGUCAGCGACAUCUCGUUAGAUUAAGUUGUUUCCAACAGCUUAUGGUUACUUUGAUGAAGAUUAAGUUGAAUUUGCCAAUGAAAUUUUUUGGAGUGUUGUUUAAUGUCAAUUUAACUGGUAUAUCCAGACUAUUUAAUGAAACAAUUGAUAUUCUUUUCAAGAAGCUAGUCCCUCUUUAUAUUGCUUGGCCCAGCAGAGAGGAUAUGAGGAAAAUACUUCCUUCUGAACUCAAUGACUGUCAGAACUUUGUAUAUAUAACAGAUACAUUCGAUUUACAAGUAGACCUGUCAAGUGGGCCGUCAUCAACUUUUAACAAAGUUGAUGGUGGAAAUAAUCUAGAUUUGAAUACUUCAAGUAAAGGCCAGACAGUAAGGAGAUUUCUCAUGACAGUAGCCCCUCAGGGGUCUGUCAUUUUUAUUUCAAAGGGGGUGCUUGGCGAAGUAAGUGACAGAACUCUUGCUCUUGAAAGUGGGUUUUUUGAAAACAUCACCCCAGGGGAUGUUAUCUUAACAGAAAAAGAACUGGGUAUUGAUGAUGCUGUUGCUGUAAUGGGUGCAACUCUCAGAAGCUCUAAUUCUGUAAAGAGUUCUGGGAAAGCUUUGAUGAACCAGGGAGUGGAGGAAAAUCCAAGGCUGGCUCGUAUUAAAAGGGUUAUCCAGCUUUUAAAAAAGAAAUAUAUGAUUUUGGAUAACAAAAUUCCCAUAAAUUGGGUCAAGGUUUCUGAAAAAGAAACUUAUACAACACUUGACAAAAUUGUUCACAUAGUUUGUGCUUUGUCAAAUAUGGCUAAUAGAGUUUGGUCAUAUGAAAAGUAUCUCCCUCCAAAGAUGCAAAGUGUUCCUACCUAGGUAAGAUAAGAAGAGAAAAUGGAAGUCUUAUCAAGAGAAAUAUUUCAGCCAGUGGGCAAGUACAAAGUUGUAGAUGUUAUAUUUAUACAGUUGCAAAGAAAAAAUGCAGGAAAAUAUUUCAAUAGUCAUCGGUGUUAAAUAUUGUGCUGUGAAGGUGCCAACACAAUGUAUAAUUUUUUGGUAGCUGUUAUUUUGUUAAUUUUUCCUAUUUGAUAUUAAACAAGUACUUUAAACAUAAGUUAUUAUUUAGGAUGAAUUUUAUAUACAGUUAGAGAUAGCUUGUAUAUCUGUGCUGAUAGGUGAGUCAGCACUCAAACAAAAGAUGAAAAGCUGGCAGGAUAACUGCUUAGUACAGAUGUUCUCCACCAGGCGUGUUUCAAAUGGUUUAGUUAUUGUCAGAAUUCUCCUUGCCACCAUUGUGUAUAGGCAUUUAUAGGUGUUUCAUGGCUGUAUGCUGCUAGCACAGUACUCUAUAUUUAUAUGCCUUCUACUGGAAUCAAGGCAAAGAACGUCAGGUUAGGAAGGAAUGAUUACUGUGUUAGCUGGAUGUAGAUUUAUUAGGAGAUACACACUGCACUGGCUGCUAUGUUAUCCAGUGUGAUCUUGAGAAUAGAUGUGAAGAAGUAGGGGUUUUCAAUGGACUUUCUGCCUAAGUUUGUUACUACAGGAACAGAAGCCGUUAGAUUGAGAACGCAACUAAUUUAGUCAGGUCACAAACCUGCCAUUUCUCCACCUUCUCCAGGUCCUUCAUCUAUAGUUAUUCAUGCUCAGUCCUGGCUUUAGCUCCGCCCUCUGCUCCUCUUUCUGAUUAGGAAAAGCAUAUUGAGAA